AAUUUUAAGGGCUUGGAAGGUAUCGAAUCAGGCAUUGAUUCAGAGUCUGAAAUGAGCCAGUGGCUUGUGAGGGAUUAUGUAGAUCAAACUGUAAGCAUUGUGAACAUGCAGGAUGAUUGCAGAGAGAUAUCUCUUCCUUCUGACCCUACAUCUUCUUCCAGUGACCCUGGAGUCAGGCUGCAGGAAGAAAUGGAUCAGUCAUACCCACAGGUAGACAAUUUCAGCUCUGUCGAUUUUCCUAGUCCUCCACCAAGCAUAGACCUUGAUGUUCAAGACGAUAAAUUAGAAAGUUUAGAUGACUCCUUUCCAAGCCCACCGCCAUCUGUUAUAGAGGCAGAGGAGUUUAUUAGUCACAUUAAUCUAGAAGAUUUUAUUGCUAGUGCUGAGACGCAGCCGUAUAUUUCACCAUGCUAUAACACAGAGCAACAAAUGUCCUCAACUCACAACUCAAGUGUCCCAGAGACACACCUGCAAGAGGCACCACCUGCUACAACUCGGAACAAAGGGAUUACUGCCAAUCUGAAGCCAUCGACCGUGCGUAUAAUGCCCGACAACGGGCACAACAUUACAACCAACAUCAGGAAUCAGGAUGAAGAGAGCAGCCUGUUCCAGAAAACACCAUCUGCCAAUUCAUCUCCACCCCAGUAUCCUCUCAAUGCUCUCCCAGAAUUAUUGAUUUCUGAGUGGAAAGAUUUGGAAGAGGAGCCGCUGGAGGAUUUUGAAAAACUGGAAAAACUUUGUUGCAUAUCAGCUGACGAGGAGGACACGCUGGGGGAGCUUUUCUUAGGGAACCUAGAGCUCCUGGAGUCUUUGAAGAAGAAACCUGAGCAGAAUGGGAGCGGUGCUGGUGAUUUACAUGAGGAGGCAUGCGGCUCCUCCGCGCCAGAGGAGAGCGGCGUGGAUGUGAGGGAUGACAAUAACUCUGAUAAAGUAUCGGAAUCCCAAGCUGAAGUGUCACCUCAAGAGGAGCGGCGUGAUGUGCAAAGCUCACAGUCGUUGUCGUGCCACACGUCUGACGUCAAGGACCAGGGGUCGCUUUCUAAGAUGCCAACUAAGGACGGCUUAAUGAUGCAGGUUUGUGAGGAGAGGUUGCAGUUCUCACUCAGUGAAAACGUACAAACAAACUUGCUGUGGGGUCAACGGUGAAAGACACUUCGAAGCUCCAGCCCUGGGGCGAACAAAUCACAGAGAGCAGCAAGGAGCCGGCGGCAGUUAAUGAACAAAAACAGGAUGAAAGCCCAGACGAGGAGGAAAGUAUCACUGACACCGAGCUGCACCACCACGCCAAUGAAAUUAAAACUGAGCCAAUCACUGUGAUCGAGCAGCCUGAAUUUAUGACAUCGCAACCUACUGCAAAUCAGGCAAUGAAAGCAAAACUAGCUCGCCUCUCUCUUGACCUGCCUCCUCUCGCUCUGACUCUUCCCCUCAACCCCAGCGGUAAAGGAGGAUUUGGGGACGGGGUCAUUGGAAGUCGGCUAGGCAGGCGGAGAGGUCUGUCAUCGGGAAGUGACCCUGAUGAUGAGGAGGAGGAUGACCAAGAGGACGAAAACUCCCGAAGGGUGAUUGUUGUCACAGAAACAGACAUUGACAAACGUGUGGGCCUGAGGAGUCUCCUUAAAUCACCCAAGGAACCAAUGGACAGAGGAAAGGACAGAGGGAGAAAUGUCUCCUUUUUUGAUGAUGUCACCAUCUAUCUUUUUGAUCAGGAAACUCCAACUAAUGAGUUAAGCACUUCAGCACCCACCAGUCCAGCCUCAGUCUCUGUGAAAAACGCUAAGUUGGAUUUGCAUGGAGCAAACGCCAAAAGUAAGGAGUCGAAGCGGAAAGAGGAUUUACCAGUCAAACCAAGGACGCCUGUAGGGGUCAGUCCAGUGACAUCAUCACGUUUUACCGUUAGUCCCGCUGACGACCCCCUUGGUGUGAUGAUACACGUCAUCAUUAGAACCUUUAGAGCUGAAACGCUCUGAGACUGGCCACCGAAUUAACGCCAAUAACCCCAGCCACUCACUCAGAGGCUAUUUUUUUAUUCCACAGGCAACCGAAAGAUGCCCAUUCGAAAAGCUGGACACACUUCCAGGUUUUACCAGCGGCAGGAUUUUGUAUGACAGGGGUUGUUGAGCUCCUGCUUGCCACUGUUUACAGAAUGUAUUCACAGCGUUUGGCUGCAAAUGUCUUUGCAAAACAGCAGCAUAUGCGAGGGGAAGAGGAGCUUGGAGCUUUGUAAAAU